AGAGGGGGAUCUUGAAAGUGGAGCCAUGUUUCAGCCGUCCCUGGAAACCAGAUGGGGUCUGAAAGUGCCCCGCGUGCUCGCCUUCGAGGAACAUAUUCGUGCAGUAUUAGUGUUCGCGGGAACGAGUAACCUGUCGCACCUUUUUAUCUCUCGAUCGUCGAUCAGGCUCGCCAACGACCAGUAAGGACGUUUUCUUUGGGAUCCUCGCCGAUUAUCGCGAUAAACGGAAACAGUUUACCUAGUUCGUAGCACGGUGAAGAUUCUCGACGAAAAGGAAACAUCUCUGGCGAACGUGUCGGGAGGAUCAUCGACUUUCUAAGCUCCUUGAUAAUCAAAACUGGAUCGACGAGUAUGAAGAUCGCCACGACGUUGUUCCUCUAUGUAGUUGUCGGAUGCACGUGGCGGGAGACGCUAGGGACAUGCGUGUUUCAGUCGGACUUUGGUUUCGCGCUAAACUGCGCCUUCAAAAAGUCUGGCCUCUUUCGAGUGCGAAAUCUUGGAGGUGUCAAAGGUUACGUCGGCCUGGGGUUUUCCGUCGGUGAUGAACUGGGCUUCACUCAAUCUUUAUCUAACGUAGAGGCCGCCAAAAGAAGAAGCGUACAAACUAGCAGGGGCAAUGUACCGCCAUUUACUAACACCGCAACCAAUCGAGACGAAGUCAGACAGCACACGCAAAACAUUCGACAAGUGGUGCCUCCUUUCAAGCCUUUGCCGCCCGGUGCUGCACGACCGAUGGCUCAGCAACCGGAACGUCAGAAAUUGGUUGUCCAACAGAAUUCUACGGCUCUCAGGACCAUACCCGCUCCGGCUUUAUCAACGACGCAACAGGAUAUGCUGAGGCAGCAGCAACAGCUGGUGCAACAGGAGGCGAAACAGAAGCAGAGGCUCCAGCAAGAGGCGUUCGCGUUGCAAGUGUUGAAACAACAACGGUUGCAACAGCAGGAAGCGACGAGGCAACAGCAGCUGCAGAAGAUCCAGCAACAACAGAAGCAGCAACAACUUCAGCAGCAACAGAAGCGACAUCAACAGAUGCUUUCGAUGCAAGUGAAGAGGGAUCAGACGCCACAAAUGCUUGCAAUUGCAUCUGCAAUGCCAGGAAAGAUGCCUAACAUCGUCGCCGCGAUUCCACCAGCCGGAAGUAUAGUGGAACCGGAACCUGUGUCAAAACCGAUAUCUUCGAGCGGAGGACUGCCACCGUUCAUUUCUAUGCCGCCAUCGUCUGCACAGUUGACCGAUCGAAUCAGCAACAGUCCUACAGUUCUGGAAGACUCUGACAACGAAGUGUCGAAAGACGAUUUCAAUCAAUUUCCUUUGCCCGGGGACGAGGCUGCUUCUUCCGUAAACGAGAUGACCUUACUUUCCCUCCACCCAAUAUCGUCCGAGACCAGCCAAGCUUUGACGCAACAGCAAACAGAGAAACGACAAUCCUUGCCAUCGUCUUUGCCGUCUCUAGCGCCUAUUCAGGGGAUGGAGACGUCUCUGAAAGCUCUGGCGGAAGCCAGCAACAUCACUUUGGAUGCUCUGGAAGCAGCGAUACUGCUCAGGCAACAACAACUCUUGCGCAAGCAACAGGGACCAACCAGUUCGACUACAAGCACCACGACGACAACGAUGUCUCCGCCCAAAAAUAAAUACAGUUCUGGGGCCACCAAAGUGAUGAACGCGCCUCGUGAAUAUUAUCCACUGGGUUAUGACAAGAACUUCGACGAUAAUUUCGCUAGUCGUGUCGAUCUUCCGGAUACGAGCUUCUAUUGCGGCGAUCAAAAACAUUUCCCUGGCCUUUACGCUGACGAGGACCUCGGAUGCAUGGUAUUUCAUGUCUGCGCGCUGACAGACGAUGGAUUGAUUAUGAAGAGCUUUUUGUGUCCAGAGUCGACGUUGUUCGAUCAAACGAUCCUGAAAUGCAAUUGGUGGUUCUACGUCGAUUGUAAAUCGUCGAAAGGCUUGUACGAUAGCAAUAUUCCUAUAAGCAAGAGCUACCAACUGAUGAAAGCUCUCGCGUUCUUUUCAGCGUACAAAAACCAUGAAAAUAGUACAACCAAUGCUCAAGAAAGCUCAAUUACCGAGAGCUCCUGAAAUAAUUGUAAGGUACUUGAAUGAUCAAACUUAGUAUAUAAUAG